GCUCAAGGUCCCACUGACUAAACAUUCUCUUCACAUUUGCUAUUAGAAACUAAACAGCAUAAGCAUCACAUAUCACAAGCUCUCAUCUCAGCACUCUCUUAUUCUUCUCUUUGGUGGUGAGGCUUAACUAGGGUUAGAGGUUUGAUGAGUGUAUUUUAAUGGUUUCUGAAGGGUCUCUGUUUGUGAAAUGUUCUGAAAGAAAGACCAGUUUUCAGGAGAGGAUGAUUUGUUUUUGAAGAUUGAUUUGGACUCAGGUUUGAAUUUUUAGUUGACAAUGAAUCCAUACCUGCUGGGUAGGUUGAGGAAUCAAUCUUUUCCAGUUCUGCAGAAUCAGGGUUUUUCUGCUGGACCCAGAUUUGAAAAUCACUCCUUUGAACAAACUAGAGAAUUUGAUUAUCUCCAGUCUGAUCCAGUGCCUGCUAAUACACCUUCAUCCUCUACUGUUACCCAUGAGGAGCCUUCUCCAGAGGAUUGUGAGUUUUCUGAUGCAGUUUUGAGCUAUAUCAACCAGAUCCUUAUGGAAGAAGACAUGGAAGACAAGACAUGUAUGCUUCAAGAUUCUUUAGAUCUUCAGGCAGCUGAGAAAUCGUUAUACGAGGCGCUGGGUGAAAAGUAUCCACCCUCACCAAUACAAAAUCCAAGUUUUGUCAAUCAAAAUGUAGAGGUUGGAGGUAAUCACUUUUCUAGAAAUUAUGGCAAUUUUCCUGGUACCAGUGGUGAUCUCAGCAGCAUUUUUAUCAAUCAAAAUGAUGGGGUUGGAGGUAAUCACUUUUCGAGAAGCAAUGGUAAUUUAUCACUCCCAAGCUCAAUUGACUUCCCUCCAGAAAGUCUUCAAAGUAAUAGUAUUUUACAAUCAACUUAUAGCCCUUCCAAUAGUGUAAUAAGUAGUGUUGAAGGGCCUGUACACUCUCCAAACAGUAUUCUUCAGGUGCCUGAUCUGAGAAGUGAGAGUCAAUCCAUUUCUCAAUUUCAGAAGGGUGUUGAGGAGGCUAGUAAGUUUCUUCCAAGUGGAAAUGAGUUCUUUUCUAAUUUGUCACCACUAAAUCCGAAAGUAGAAAAAGAUGAAUUGUCAGUUAAGGCGGAGAAGGAUGAGAAUGAUCGCGUUCUCAGUGAAUCCACGGCGGUAAGGAAGCAUCCUCAUAGGGAAGAGGGGGAUGAUGAAGAAAAUAGAAGCAGCAAGCAAGCAGCUAUUUAUUCUGAACCAACAUUGCGCUCAAGUAUGUUUGAUAUAUUUUUGCUUCAUAGCACAGGGGAUGGUAAGGAUCAUUAUGUGGCUCGCCGUGAAGCUUUGCAGAUUAAGACAGAGAAGACAGUGUUGCCAGGUAGUCAAUCAAAAGGCUCCAAUAGCAGGAAGGGACGUGGGAAGAAACAAAAGGGAAAAAAAGAAGUGAUUGAUUUGAGAACACUUCUGGUCCUUUGUGCCCAAGCUGUUGCUGCAGAUGACCAUAGGAAUGCGCAGGAGUUGCUAAAGCAGAUCAGGCAACACUCAAAUCGUUUCGGGGAUGGAAAUCAGAGGCUUGCUCAUAUCUUUGCAGACGGUCUUGAGGCACGUUUGGCUGGUACUGGAAGCCAAAUCUAUAAAGGACUUGUUAGUAAGAGAACAUCAUCUGCUGAUAUUCUAAAAGCUUAUCAUCUAUUCCUCGCUGCAUGCCCUUUUAGGAAAAUUUCUAAUUUUAUGUCAAAUAUCACAAUAAGGACAUCUUCAGAAAAUUCAAUGAGGGUCCAUGUUAUAGAUUUUGGUAUCCUUUAUGGUUUUCAGUGGCCCACUUUUAUACAGCGCCUAUCAUGGAGAACAGGAGGACCACCAAAGCUUAGGAUUACAGGAGUAGAUUUCCCACAACCUGGUUUCAGGCCUGCAGAGAGAAUUAAAGAAACAGGACGCCGCUUGGCGGCUUAUGCUGAAGCCUUUAAUGUUCCAUUUGAGUUCAAUGCCAUAGCAACAAAAUGGGAAACAAUUCAACUAGAAGAUCUCAAGAUUGAUAGGGAUGAGUUCCUUGUUGUCACAUGUUUCUAUAGAGGUAAGAACUUGCUGGAUGAAUCUGUGGUAGUGGACAGUCCAAGGAAUAAUUUCCUCAGUUUGAUUAGGAAGAUCAACCCAAAUUUAUUCAUUCAUGGCAUUACCAAUGGGGCAUUUAAUGCCCCGUUCUUUGUCACCCGGUUCCGGGAGGCACUGUUUCACUACUCAGCACUGUUUGAUAUGCUUGAAACUAUUGUGCCUCGAGAGGACUGGGAAAGGAUGCUGAUUGAGAAAGAGAUAUUUGGGAGGGAAGCGUUGAAUGUUAUAGCUUGUGAAGGGUGUGAAAGAGUAGAGAGGCCCGAGACAUAUAAGCAGUGGCAAGCGCGGAUUCUGAGGGCUGGGUUUUCACAACAACGUUUUGAUCGUGAGACUAUUAAGAUGGCAAUAGAGAAAGUCAGGUCUGGCUACCACAAGGAUUUUGUGAUUGAUGAAGAUAGCCAGUGGUUGUUGCAAGGUUGGAAGGGGCGUAUCAUUUAUGCCCUUUCUUGCUGGACACCUGCAUAACUAACGUGAAUCACUUCUCCUACCACAAAAGCUACUAGGAGUAGCUUCUUCCAGAACCAAUUCCCUCUACCGUGCAUCCAAACAUGGACUAAGAUAGUACACAAUAUAAAGGGCAUCUAACUAGGACCUUGUGGAUUAGUUUGACUGCUGAGGAACUCAGGUUCUUUAGUUACCCCAUUUCUCAGUUUUAUGUUGUAACUUGUAACCCUUUUGGCCUUUGUUGUUCAGUGCAUAUUGAACUAAUUUAUCUGCUAAAAUUUGAUAAAUGAAGAGUGAACUCUCAGCAUAUAUGGUCAAUUAUCUUGAGCAAAGGUUCAAGCUUGAUAGGUCAGUAAGGACAAACAUGGUUAUUGAAUAGCCUGUUUGGAAAGCAGAUUAUGUUGUAACUACUUGUCACUGCAUGUACCAUAGAUCAUAGUAGUUUGCAUUUUGUAAUUUGAGGUUGUUACCUGAAUGUAGUCAAUUUUAAUGAUGCAGAAUUGUAGAUUACUUUGGCACGUAAUAAGAAUUAUCCUUUGAUUA